GAAGUUCUGUUACCGUCCGCCACCGCCAGCUGUAUCGAACCUCCGCCAUGCUCUUCCAGUCAGUAGUGAGCAGGUCCAGGCUGGGGUGGAGACACAGAGGCUCCACUGGGUACCCUCUCUAUUCCCUCCUGGAAGAUUACCAAUGUGUCAGACCUGAUGAGCAUACUUCCUAUGGUGAAUUGGGCAUGCCAGUACCUCCAUUUGGGUGUUCGUUCAGUGCAGCCUCAGAUAUUCCUCAAGUUCUUGCUGUGGCUAAUGAAGAAGGCAUUGUUCGGUUGUAUGACACUGAAUGCCAAGAUACCAAGAAACUGGUUGUGAAAGAAUGGAUGGCCCACACAAAUGCGGUUUUUGACAUUGCUUGGGUUCCCGGAGAACACAAAAUUGUUACAGCUUCAGGGGAUCAGACCGCUAAGCUUUGGGAUGUGAAAGCUGGUGAGGUCAUCGGAGUGUGCAGAGGACAUCAAUGUAGCCUGAAAUCUGUUGCUUUCUCAAAGUUUGAAACAGCUGUGUUCAGCACUGGUGGGAGAGAUGGAAACAUCAUGGUCUGGGAUACACGAUGCAACAAGAAAGAUGGUUUUUAUAGACAAGUGAACCAAAUAGCAGGGGCUCAUAAUGCUCUGGAAAAGCAAACACCAUCUAAAACAACAAAGAAGAAGAAGCCAGCUAUCAGAGGACUAGCUCCGUCUGUGGAUUUUCAGCAAAGUGUGACUGUAGUAAUCUUUCAAGAUGAGCAAACCAUUAUUUCUGCAGGAGCAGUUGAUGGCAUUGUCAAAGUGUGGGACCUGAGAAAAAAUUACACUGUAUACAGACAAGAUCCAGUACCGUCUAAAAUCUUUCCCUAUCCUGGAAAUAGUACACGAAAACUCGGAUACACCAGCCUUGUAUUGGACUCAACUGGAACAAAUUUGUUUGCAAAUUGCACUGAUGACAAUAUCUACAUGUUUAAUGCAACAGGACUGAGGUCUGACCCAGUGUCUGUCUUCAGUGGCCACCAGAAUUCCACUUUUUAUAUCAAGUCCAGCGUUAGUCCUGAUGGUCACUUUCUGCUGAGUGGAUCCAGUGACUCUAGUGCAUACAUCUGGCAGGUGUCGGAUCCCCAGGUUGCUCCAGUAACAUUGCAGGGACAUAGUCUGGAAGUUACCUCUGUUACUUGGUGCCCAUCGGACUUCACAAAGAUUGCGACCUGUUCAGAUGACAACACUGUGAGAAUAUGGAGGUUAAAAAGAAAUUCUGGAGAACAAAAAAUGGGAUCUGUUGGUUGGGCUUCUCAGAAGAAAUCUGAUGAUCGCACAGCUGUGUCCAAACUUUGUUGUACUCCUGGUAAAACAACCUCAAUCCAUAGAAGUCCUGGAAUUACUUCCCCAACACCAGCUAGUUGUGCUCCAAGUAAUACAGGUGAUCUCCCGUUGCCUUCUGUCACAGCAGCAUCCACCAUGCUAAUUUCCAAACUGCAGACUCCUACGAGAAAAAAGGUGGACAGUAUCACAGGGUCUCCUAAACAGUUGUCCACUACAAAGAUUUCUCUCAAGGACUGGGUCACUCGCACACCAAAGUCCUGCACAUCAGGGACAGAUUCAAAGACUCCUUCUCCUCGUAAAGCAUUCACGCCCAUAGAACAAUACUCAACCGUACCAAGCUCAAGAGGCCCACCUCAGCAUGAGAAAAGGGUUAAGAGGCGGCUUGAGACCAGCUCUGAAGACAUGGAGCACGACUGUGUCAGCAAUUGCAACUGUGUGACAGAACUGGAGCCUAGCCUGAAAAAAACCAAGCUGGAUUUAUGUUCCUCAGAUGGCAAUACUGACAUUGAUCUGGGAUGUUUAAGCCUUGCCAACUUAAGUAAAAACGGUGAGGGUAAAUCUGCUUCAAAUCCUGAAAAUGCGGCUUUGGUAGAGGACAUUGAAGUGCGCCCUGCUCUUGAGGUAUCUAGUGGACUUUCAGAUAAGGAAAACAGCUCCCCUGAAAAGAACUGGCUUUCUGCCUUGGGUCACAAACUAAAGACUGACAAACCUUGUACCCAGAGCAAAAUUAGCAGCAGUCCAUCUUCAAGGAAUGGUAGCGCAAAGAAGCAUCAGACGAAGAGUAUUACUAAUUCACCCACAACUGCUUCAACUACGCCUCGUUCAAUGAGGAAGAUUUGCACCUACUUUGUCAAAAAGCCAUCAGAGUAAGAACAUGCAGAGAAUGAAGAAAUCUCCUGUUUUCAGGGUAUCUGUUUGUCCUCGGCUGUAUCUGACAGUGGAGAAGUCUCUAUUUCCAGAAUUAUUUUUUUUUUCUAAGAAAUACUACUACAAAUGUUUUUGUUUUUAGUUGAGAUAUCUCUGUUUAUGUCACUUCACAUCUUACUUUUCUGCCACUCUGUCUUAACAACUGAGAGUUCAGAAGGCUAGCUUGUGGAUCACUCUCUGCACUUGGUUGCUUAAAUCUAAUACACCAGUCAACGUUUCAUAUUUUAAUUUUGAAGUUGCACUCAUGGAGGGCCAGGGCAGAAUUUUAAUGUAUUCAAACUUGAAUCUGUACAGUGCAAAAUACAUGUAUAGAAGAACUUUUAAAUACCAGCAUUUUGUAGUGGCCAUAAUGUGAGAAGUUUCUGCAAUUUUUUUUUACAUCUGAGUCACAAUACCAAGUAUGUCCUUGAAUAAUGGCUAGCAUGCAACCACACUUUAGGCAUUGUGUGUGAAAAGAGAUCUACUACUGGUGACUUAAGUUGUUUGGCUUUUUUUUUCUGAUGGCAUUAAAGUAUAAGCUAAAGAUAGAAUGUAGGAGUAACAGGUAUUCCGUGCCAUGUGGCUAGCACAAUAAAUAGGUAUUGUGAUGCCACGCAGAGUGUCACAAUUUCGUAUUUGUAUGUUCUAUAUGUAUCAAAAUAUUUGAAGACCGUUUGGUAAGCAAAGCACUUUUUAUAAAAUCAGAAACUCCUGUGACAGCUAGAAUAACAUUUUACUUGGUAGUAACUGAGCUUUAAAUUUCAGCAGGUAUAUGCAAGCUAUGUUAGACUUGUGAAGCAAUGACCGCUUAAUUAUAGACAAAAUCACAUUCCUUGUAGACAGCCACGAUACCACAUUUCAGUCAGGGUUGUCCAACCUUUUGAAAUACAGUUCCCAUAAUUUGUUGCCACGCUGAGGUUGUAGAUCUGAUUUUUAAUGUAUGUUAGGUUUUAAUAACUCUGGGCAUGGUUAUCCAAUAAUAGAUUUUUACUGCUCUAAGGACUCCAAUGUUCAUGCAUUUGUAUAGAGUUUUGGGAUGGAGAAUUUUAAUAACUAUAGAGCGGGCCAUUUGUUACAUAAUGGCUUUUAACAAUAUUGGUUAGCUUAUAAAAUGUUUUAUUUUUAAAUUGUAUACUGUUUUUCUGUGUAAAUGAAGCACUGCUACAACAUAUUGAUAUUAACUUUGUAAAUAUAAAUAUUAUACAAAUA